AUGCCGUCCAGCCGAUCCCUGCCAAUCAGCCGAGAAGACAUCAUCAACUCGUUCAGAUCACUCAAUAUGCUCCUUCCAUCCGUAACCCGUCAAUCGGCCACGAUUGCCAAAAGAAAACUCGUCCCUGUGUCCUUCAGAAGUAACACGAGAUUCCUCAGUGUGUCUCGUGUCGCACGGGGCGAUGACCAUCAUGUUACUCGUCCGCCAAUAAUCCAAGGACCGGGUGCUAAGGCCGGAACUGUCCCAACCGACCUGGAGCAAUCUACUGGGAUCGAACGAUACGAAAUCCUUUCCCGCAUGGAAGGUCAUGAUCCUUUCGAUCGCAAACCUCUUGCCGUCAAUCACAUGGGUACCCUCGACAACCCAGUCAAGGUUUUUUCACUCCAACGAAGUCGUAUCGUCGGCUGUACUGGUUUCCCAGUGGACUCGCAUGACACCUUGUACAUGAAGGUGUCAUCUUCCCGACCCCGAAGAUGUUCAGAGUGCGGCUGCGCCUACAUUGUCGACUUCCAAGGCGACCCGCAUGAACACGGCAAUGAAGAACCCAAAUUAUCGGUUCUUCAUGAACAUCCUGGAGAAAAGCCCCGACUGAAGUGGGGCUGGGGUGACAUGACCACCCAUGCCGGUGGAAAUCAACGCUGA